UCUUGGGUCAGUUAAGUUCUUGGUUUUGGUUUCUUGGGGGGAAGAUGAGGAGAUGAUGCGGCGCCCAAACCGAUUGCAAAAUUCUUCUCCUGGUAGUUCAGAUUAAUCGUGCCUUAGAAUUCUUUGAUUAGGUGUUGGGACAUUGGGGGGCGCGGAUAAUGCGGUCGAUUAGUUCGUUGAUUGGUUCGAAGAAGUGAGAUUGAUGUCACCCAUGGGGGUUUUAGUCUUUCAGAUAAUGUGGUCAGGUCUCAGUUGGUGCAUGUGUUCGUGAAUCGAAGAUUUGAUGAUUUUUUUGGAGGGGGUGGAAUUGUGGGGAUUAGUGUGUGGUGGCGCGUUCUUGAUUUUCAUCUGGGGCGCCUUAUCCGAGUUCUUUUUUCAUCAGUUUCUUUCCUCUAGGAAAAGAAAAAGUAUGCGAGGAAUGGGGGCCAAAGGUAGCAGCUUUUCAGUUUUCAGCAUCUGCAAUGGAUUGUCUCCUGCAGUGUUUUACUACCUUCCAUUGGCAGUAAAAUAGUGUUUUUCAGAGCUUUUUCUGUGAUUCUAAAAUGAAAAAUAGGCUUGGAAUCUUUGAACUGGUCUCGACUCAAAUGAUGACUGCUAUAGCUUGCAGUUGCAACUGCCCUCUUCCUUAUUUUUCUUUCCCCAGUUCUAGUCCAGACUCCAGAGUAGCUCAGUUUUCAUGCUUCCCUUGAGUAAAAACAAGAAAGGCGGCGUAUUUUGGUGGAAUAGUAACUUAAUAUAGAGUUCUGGGACAGAAAAUUAUGGAGAGGGAAAUUUCUGCCUUAUAUGAACCAAAAAGAAACAAUGAAAUAAGAAUUUUUGAGAGUUCAGAUGAGAUGUCAACAGAUCUGGCUGAGUAUAUCUCGCAAGUUUCAGAAAUAUCUGUCAAAGAAAGGGGAUACUUUGCUAUUGCCCUUUCUGGAGGUCCCCUAGUCAGUUUUUUGGGGAAACUUUGUGAAGCGCCAUACAACAAGACCUUGGAUUGGUCUAAAUGGUACAUCUUCUGGUCUGAUGAGCGUGCUGUAGCAAAGAAUCAUGCAGAGAGUAAUUAUAGGAUAACAAAAGAAGGAUUCCUGUCCAAGGUACCUAUUCUCAAUGGCCAUGUCUACUCUAUAAACGACAACGCGACGGUGGAGGAUGCCGCAACAGAUUACGAAUUUGUCAUCAGGCAGCUGGUCAAGGUCCGCACUAUUGGAGUCUCCGAAAGCAACGAUUGCCCCAAGUUCGAUCUAAUCCUGCUCAGCAUGGGUUCUGAUGGACAUGUGGCUUCAUUGUUCCCCAACCAUCCAUCCCUUGAGCUGAAAGAUGACUGGAUCACCUACAUCACCGACUCUCCCCAGCCUCCACCUGAGCGGAUCACCUUCACUCUCCCUGUGAUAAACUCGGCUUCGAACAUCGCAAUAGUGACUACCGGUGACGAUAAAUCGGAGGCUGUCCAUUUGGCCAUUUCUGACAAUGCAGAUGGUCCAGAAGCCCCCUCAUCGCUGCCAGCAAGAAUGGUUCAGCCAACAGACGGCAAGCUGGUGUGGUUUUUGGACAAGUCAGCUGCGUCCUCUCUGGAUGCCGAGAACGAUGACGCCUUUGAGCAGCAUCGCGAGUACUAACUCCAAUCGUCGAAAGAACAUUCCUUUUGCUGUGGAUGAAGGUGUGUGCGUGUGUAAGUAGGCGGUUUGGUAUGAUCGAAUUCAGGAUGUUUUGCCUUCCAGUUUAGCAGAAUGCUUGUUGCAUUAGUUUUUUUGUGGAGGGUUUUGUUCAGGGAGAGCCUUGAGUGUGUUUUGGUCGUUUUGGCAAAUUGGAGAUGGUUUUAGAGCGAAGAGGAUUGAGACGUCAGAACUGAGAACACCCAAAUUUGAUUAGGGGUGGUAUGAUAUUAUGUGCUACAUUAUAUUUAGUUCAAUCAAAGUUAGUUCAAGCAAGUCAAGGUGGAAGAAGCAGAGGCUUUCUGUUAAUUUUGUUUCCUUGUGAUGUUGCCGGUUCGAGUAUAGAAAAAUAUGAUCACAAACUUGAUAUUUUUAACAAAA